CACACUACACACACGAUGGCUCGCUAAUGUCCAACCGAGAUAUCCAUGACGAAGCUGGCUUACACCCUGAAUCCUGGACACACCACAGCUAGCAAGCACCCUCCAUCCCCCUCCCAACAACUAACUAACUAACUGGUCAGCACUUUCCCCUUCCAAUAAAAUGCCUUCCCCCAACCGCCAACUGCCUCAUCAACUACCAAGAACCACACACAACAAAUCACGCACAAACUCAUGCGUUCCAACAACACUUCUUCUUCUUCUUCUUCAGGCAGUAGUGGCACUGGUCGGCACCCUUUGUACCGAGGAGUGAGGCGCAGGAGCAGUGGCAAAUGGGUCUCCGAAAUCAGGGAGCCAAAGAAACCUACCAGGAUUUGGCUUGGCACUUUCUCCACCCCCGAAAUGGCUGCUAUUGCUUAUGAUGUCGCCGCUCUUGCUCUUAAGGGUAACGAUGCUGCCCUUAACUUCCCCGACUCCGCUUCUUCCCUCCCUGUUCCUGCCUCUUCCUCUGCCCGCGAUAUUCAAGUUGCCGCAGCCAGUGCAGCUGCUGCUCUCGGAGCCGCCAAAGACUCCAUCGAGGGAAGCCGGGGAGCCGCGGCAGGGAAUGCCGUUGCGCUGGAGCAAGAGGUGCCGCCGCUCUCCCAAGCCAGGAACACUAAUGACAACAAUAAUGAGUUUGUGGAUGAGGAUUUGAUUUUUGAUAUGCCUAAUGUUCUGCUCAAUAUGGCUGAAGGAAUGCUUCUUAGCCCUCCUCGUUUUCAUGUUGCCGAUGACUACACUACUGCUCCAGAAUACAUGCCGGAAGAUCCACACCUCUGGAGUUACCCUUAUUUCCCAUGACAUACAUAUUUUUCAAAAUAAUAUUUCCCACGUCUUCGUAUGAAUA